CGGAUGUAAAACAACCUCAAACACCUACCUGGCUAUAAAUAUGUGAUGUACCCGCCAUUUGUGUAUCAGCCACCAGGACUGCCUAGCUAGCUAGCUAGAUCAUAAUCUCUCCCCUUGAAUAUUCUUAUAGGCGCGCAGUACAGAAGAAAUCCCUUCGUGAUGGCCAAGUUUGUUGUUUCUUUUGUAGUACUCUCCUUCUUCUACUCCCUUCAACUGUCAAACGCAGCUUCUACAACCCUUAAUGUGAUCAAGUUUGGCGCAAAACCAGAUGGCAGGACUGACGCAACCCAACCCUUUCUUAAGGCAUGGUCAGCUGCAUGCAGAUCCGCUGCUCCGUCCACAAUUUAUGUGCCUAAAGGAAGGUACUUGCUGAAGGCAAUAGUGUUUAGCGGUCCGUGCAGGAACAAAAUAACGGUUCUGAUACGUGGAACGCUUGUAGCUCCUACAGAUUAUCGUGCCCUAGGCAACUCAGGGUACUGGAUUUUGUUCAUCAAGAUUAAUCGAGUUUCUGUCUUUGGUGGCACCCUUGAUGCUAAAGGUGCUGGCUUCUGGGCUUGCAGGAAAUCUCGACAGAAUUGUCCUGUUGGAGCUAGGUCGAUAACAUUCAACUGGGCAAAUAACAUCCUGAUUAGCGGCUUGACGUCUAUCAACAGUCAAUUAGCUCACCUUGUGAUCAACAGCUGCAAGAAAGUUGUGGUCCGAAAUGUAAGGACAAUUGCACCAGACCAAAGCCCCAACACUGAUGGCAUUCACGUGCAAGGAUCGACCGGAGUUUCAAUCACUGGCAGCAUACUUCAGACUGGAGAUGACUGCAUAUCAAUUGGUCCAGGCACUAGGAACAUGCUGAUGAGCGGCAUUAUGUGUGGCCCUGGACAUGGUAUCAGCAUUGGAAGUCUAGGCAGGCAAUUCAACGAAGAUGGAGUGGAAAAUAUAAUGCUAAGAAAUUCGGUCUUCAGUGGCUCAGACAACGGUGUCAGGAUAAAAUCAUGGGCCAGACCCAGCAAGGGGUUUGUGAGGAAGGUUGUCUAUCAAAACCUGAUUAUGAAGAAUGUUCAGAACCCAAUUAUCAUCGACCAAAAUUAUUGCCCUAACAACGAAGGUUGUCCUCGUCAGACUUCUGGGGUGAAGAUUAGUCAGGUGAUAUACAAGAACAUACGAGGAACAUCAGCAACAGCAAAGGCGGUAACAUUUGACUGCAGCCCUAGUAAUCCAUGCAGGGCGAUCAGAUUACAAGACAUAAGGCUUACUUACAAGAAUAAAGCAGCAACAUCAUCAUGCAAGAACGUAGGUGGAACAAGCGCUGGAGUGCUUAUGCCUAGGAGUUGUGUGUAACAAUUAAUAAUUAGAAUAUACAAUUAAGAUUGAUGAUCAGUCGGCGCGUAUAUGCUCAAUAAAGCUGAUUGUUUCAUUUAAAAAAGGGUGGUGUUGGUUUAAUAACUUGGAUUAAUUAAUUAAUGGGUGAAACGCACCAGGU